AUGGCGGCACCGCCACCAGCUGUCAUUACCACCGGAGCUUUUGAAGAGCUCCGCCAACAAGUUACUACAUUAACUCAGUUAUUAAGCCAAAGAAACUCACACCCAUCACAUACACCAACACCGGAUGGCGAUCUUAUGGCAGCCGCUCAAGCUCGAGCUCCACGAAACAUCCCUGAUAAUGGUGUUGGAACCUCGGGUGUACCUCCUAUGACCGCAGCAUCAAGGGCAGUAACGAUAGAAUCAGGGGAGCUUGCCAGAAUCAUCCAAGAAGACUUGGUCGAUAAAUUCUCUGCUUUCUUCGCAAGCAUCAAGAGAAUUAGGAAAACAACGGCAUCACUUAUGCAGAUGCGCCAGGGACCCAAUGAAACAUUACGCAAUUUCAUGACUAGAUUCAAUAAAGAAAGACUUCAUAUUCCCGAUCUACAUAUUACAGCUGCGGUCUUAGCUUUGACAUACGCUAUAAGAUGUGAAGCAUUCAAGAUGUCUUUGUCGAAAACCCCCCCCCCCCCCCCCCCCGACCUCCUAACUCGAGCUGAGAAAUACAUCAAUAUGGAAGAAACUCUAACCCCAAGAAAGGACGUUUCACCUUUGAUAAGGCCAGACAAUAAGAGACCACGUGAACCCAAUCAACGAGACGACAAUCCUCGGGUCAAGCAAAAACAAAACCCCCGACAGGAAACUUUUACUCCCCUGAAUACGUCAAGGUCCAACAUCCUGAUGGAGAUCAAGGACCUCAAAGAGCUUAAGUGGCCUCCCAGAAUGCGAUCAUUACCUGAAAACAGAGACAGAACCAAGUACUGUGACUUCCACCGAGACCACGGACAUACCACUGAAGGGUGCUUGGCUCUGAAGCAGCAAAUUGAGGCCCUCAUCAGGAGGGGUUUUUUGGGCUCUUACACUAGCCAUGAAAAACGCCCGAGGAACAAGCAGGAUAACAUACAUGAGGGGCAUAGUAGUGAACCACCAACAGCUGGCACUAUUAACGUUAUUAUCGGAGGAACAGCUUCAGGGGGACACACCAACAAUGGACGUAAGAAGUACGCCAAACAGCUUCCAGUCUCUCCUGGCACGGAUCUUGCUCAUACGGAAUAUAUCACCUUCGGGUCCAAGGAUUUGGAAGGAAUAUCCUUCCCCCAUGAUGACGCCCUAGUCAUAUCAGCCAUCAUAGCUAACUUCGAGGCCAAGAGAAUUCUUGUGGAUAAUGGAAGUGCAGCUAAUGUACUGUCUCAUGAAGCUUUAGUUCAGAUGGGUAUCUCAGUGGAACAACUCAAGCCUGUUAAAACACCCCUACAAGGAUUUGGUGGCGGGGUCAUCACCCCUGAAGGUAUUGUUGAAUUACCCAUGACUUUGGGAUCUGAAGGUCGGCAGUUCCCCACAUAUAGUGGAGUUGGGGUCGUCCGAGGAAGCCAAACCAUGGCUCGCCAGUGUUAUGCGACCAGUGUCCGAAAAAUAAAGGGCGACGUCAUGCAGCUUACAGAGCUCGAGCUCGAGCUUGAAAAUCGUGGGAGACUCGCCCCGGUAGAGAAGCUGGUCGAGGUCGAGCUCGUGCCUGGUAGGAAGGUGACAGUAGGGCGUGACCUUGAUUCAACCAUCAUGGCUAAACUCAUAAGUUGUCUCUCCCAGAACCAAGACAUAUUCGCAUGGACAGUUGAAGACAUGCCCGGAAUUGACCCCGAGGUUGCCGUACACCGGCUCAAUGUAAACCCAGGAGCCAAACCUGUCAAACAAAGGAAAAGACAGUUUGCGCCUGAACGGCGCGAAGUCAUACAAGAAGAGAUUGCCAAGCUGCUCAAUGCACAAUUCAUCUUAGAAGUACAAUAUCCUGACUGGCUUGCCAAUGUAGUUCUCGUAAAAAAGGCCAAUGGAAAGUGGCGAGUUUGCAUUGACUUCACUGAUUUGAACAAAGCAUGUUCGAAAGAUAGCUAUCCCCUACCUCGGAUUGACAGUCUCGUUGACAGCACUUCGGGUCACAAAUUGUACAGCUUUUUGGACGCAUUCUCAGGGUACCACCAAAUACCAAUGGCCGCAGAAGAUCAAGAGAAGACCUCAUUCAUGGCAGACUCCGCCAUCUACUAUUAUAAGGCCAUGCCAUUCGGCUUAAAGAACGCAGGGGCUACAUAUCAGAAGCUAAUCAACAAGGUCUUUGCUGAUUUAAUUGGGAAAACAAUUGAGGCUUAUGUAGAUGACAUGGUGGUCAAAAGUAAACAGGUGGAUGAUCAUAUCACCGAUCUUGAAGAAGUGUUUUCCACGCUACGAAAAUACAACAUGAAGCUCAACCCAACAAAAUGUGCCUUUGGGGUAGCAUCAGGAAAGUUUCUAGGUUUCAUGAUCACAAAUAGAGGAAUAGAAGCCAACCCUGACAAGAUCCAAGCCCUGAUAUCUAUGGAAGCCCCAAAGAGCGAAAGGGACAUCCAAAAGCUUACAGGUCGGGUAGCAGCAUUGAACAGAUUUGUCUCUCGGGCAACAGAUAAAUGUUUUCCUUUUUUCAAAGUUCUAAGAGGCCACAAUAGUUUUGAAUGGAAUGACGAAUGCGAUCUAGCCUUCCAACAACUUAAGCAAACUUUAGCUGUACCUCCAGUUCUUGCCAAACCAGAGCCUGGUGAUACUUUGUUCCUUUACUUAGCUGUUUCUCAAAAUGCCGUAAGUGGGGUACUAGUAGAGGAAAAAGGAAAGGUGCAACAACCCAUCUACUAUGUCAGUAAAGUACUUCUUGACACAGAAACUCGGUAUAAUCUUGCGGAACAGUUAGCUCUUGCUUUGAUAGUAACUGCUAGAAAGUUGCGACAAUAUUUCCAAUCUCACCCUAUAAUAGUUCUCACCAAUCAACCACUUAAGCACAUACUUCAGAGACCAGAUGUCUCAGGAAGGCUAUUAAAAUGGGCGAUCGAGCUUGGCGAGUUCGACAUAGAAUUCAAGCCUCGACCUUCCAUCAAAACGCAGGCACUGGCCGACUUCAUAGCUGAACUCACUCCAAAGACAAAAAGGCCAGAACUCGGGCUCAGGGCCGGGAUAAUCAUCAUCAGCCCGAACAAAACCACUGAAGUUCAAUGUGCGCUUAGGUUUGAGUUUGAAGCAACCAACAACGAAGCGGAAUAUGAAGCUGUGGUCAUUGCUCUGGAACUUGCCAGGAAUUUGGAAUUAGAGCACAUCAGAGUCUUCAGCGACUCACAGCUCGUUGUUGGACAGAUUGAAGGAUCCUUUGAAAGAAAAGAUGAAAAGAUGAGCUCAUACUGUCUAAAAGUGCAUGACCUUCAAAGGCAGUUCACAAGUUGUGAAAUAUUGAAAAUAGCAAGGGCAGAUAACUCCAAAGCUGAUGCACUAUCUAGACUUGUUUUCAUGAGGAUAGAUGGACUCGACAGAACAGUGCACAUCAAGAUUGUCACAGAGCCUAGCAUAAACAUGAAGCCGAGCGUCAUGGACAUUGACCAUGAGCCCUCCUGGAUUGAUCCAAUAGUUGAGUAUAUAAGUAAUGGAGACCUACCUCCUGACCCUCGAGCCGCAAGAAGUAUUCGAGCCAAAGCUGCUAGGUAUUGCAUGAUCAGAGGGGUGCUGUUUCGACGAAGCCUCACGCUCCCCUAUCUGAGAUGCUUUAAGCCUUCCGAAUCUCUCCAAGCCCUGACUGAGGUUCACGAGGGAGUAUGCGGAAAUCACCAAGGAGCCAGGGCUCUUGCCUACAAAUUAAUAAGGUAUGGAUACUACUGGCCAACUAUGAAAAAAGAUGCAGCUGAAUACGUUAAAAGAUGCGACAAAUGUCAGAGGUUUGGUAAUGCUAUACAUGCCCCUGCAGAAGAGUUGACCUCUAUCCAUUAUUCAGCACCAUUUGAACAAUGGGGAGUCGACAUUCUUGGUCCUUUCCCCAUGGCCCGAAGACAAUUAAAAUUUACUGUGGUAGCAGUUGAAUACUUCACAAAGUGGGUAGAAGCCGAACCCCUAGCAAAAAUAUCAGAGGCCAAGCUCAGAUCAUUUAUAUGGAAGUCUAUUGUAUGUAGGUUCGGAAUACCCAAAGUACUUAUAACAGACAAUGGAAGACAGUUCGACAAUUCACAAUUCAGAAACUUUUGUGUCAAUCUCGAUAUCGACCAUCGACUGACGUCAGUAUCGCACCCUCAAAGCAAUGGCCUCGCUGAGGUGACAAAUAGAAUCAUACUUCAGGACCUUCGCACCAGAAUUGGAAAUGCAAGAGGUGACUGGCCCGAUGAGUUGCCCUCUAUAUUAUGGGCAUAUAGAACUUCUCAUAAAACAGCAACGGGCGAGACUCCCUUCAUGUUAGCUUUUGGCUUGGAGGCCACUAUCCCCAUCGAAGUCAGUCUCCCCACUUUAAGGAGGGUUCAACCCGGCAUGGAAGACCGAACAACCAAACAUUUUGACUUGCUGGAAGAAGUAAGAGAGUAA